GCUUGUCAAGCGGCAAAUUGUUUUCGAUUUCGCAGAAAACAAGGACGAUCCAUGCCAGGAGGAAUCCCCUAUAGUUAAAAUUUGUAAAUUGCGUCUACGAUACAAUCUGUUCAGACUAAUCUAAGCCAGAGAUAAGUGAAAAAAGCGAACUGUUUGUGGUUUCAUUGUGCGCAGUGUAUUGCCGGUCUCCUGUUCACGAUGGAGAACCUACUGCGAGGGUCGUCCAGCUUCAGCGAGGCUGCGAUGCUAUUUACCGACGAAAAGAUUGCCAGUGCUAGAACCAAGAUCGUCGAAGCGCUGAACGAGGCGCAGCUGGCAACGAGCGGCCAGAAGUGUGAAAUCAUUGCCAAAGUACAGGAGCUGCUCCUACACACCGAUGUGGAACUGUUGAACGAGUUCCUGGAAAACAUGCUGGUGCUCGCGCACGACCCGGUGGCCGAAGUGCGGAAAGCGAUCGCCGGCUUUAUAGACGAAAUCUGCAAGCAGCAUAUCGCGAUGCUGCCGAAGGUGGUGGGCCCAAUGUUUUCGCUGCUGCGCGACUCGGCCCCGGUCGUGACGAAGCGCGUGAUACAGGGCUGCGGUUCGAUCUACCGGCUGGCGAUCCAGUGGAUCUGCCAGCUGGACGACAUUCCGGAGGAGGUGGAGCAGGCUUGGAACACGCUCUGUCUGAUGAAGAUUUCCAUCCUGGACAUGAUCGACCACGACAACGACGGCAUACGGACGAAUGCGAUCAAGUUCCUAGAGGGUGUCGUCAUCCUGCAGACCUACCCGGACGAGGAUAGCCAGAAGCGCGAGAACGACUUCUCGCUCGAGGACGUACCGCUCACGAUGAAGCAGAUCCGCCGCCGGAAGCUGGAGGACGAAGCGACCAACAUCUUCGAGCUGUUGCUACAGUUUCACGGUGCGUCCCACAUUUCCUCGGUGAAUCUGAUCGCCUGUACCGGCACGCUGUGCACGAUUGCAAAGCUACGCCCAUCCACGAUGACGCGCGUGGUCGAGGCGCUGAAACAUCUGCACUCCAACCUGCCGCCAACGCUCACCAACUCGCAGGUCAGCUCGGUACGGAAAAAUCUGAAGAUGCAGUUUCUGAAUCUGCUCAAGCAUCCGGCCAGCUUCGAGCACCAGGCAACGAUUGCGCAGAUACUGGUCGAUCUCGGUGCGUCGAACGGUGAGAUUACGCGUGCCAUUCCGAAGCUGGACAAACGGGAGCAGCAGCGGCGGGCGAAACGCGCACUCGAAAACUCGAUGGCAUCGCAGCUCGCGGCCAAGCGUGCCAAGGUGGACGGGCAGGCACGAAAGGAAAGGGAUGACGGCGGGACGGUGGGUGAGUCGCCGCGCGAUCAGCCGCGCACGAUGGAGAUCGAUUAUGAGGAGCUGAACGAGCAGAAGAGUCGCUCCACCAAGCAGAACGAACAGUUUCUGCUCGAGGUGCUGCCAAAGACGGACCUCGUCGUCCAGCUGGUCCUCUCGAACAUGGACAAGCUGACCGAACAGAUGCUGCAGAGUGCGAAACCCGCCGCCGUGCUGACGGUCGAACAGUACAUCCAGAAGAUCGCCCAAACGCUGGCCGCCCAGAUGAGCGAAGUGAAGGCCGGGCCCGGUGCGAGCGCCUUCACGAAAGAUCCCCCGAUGAAGGUGCGCAUCAGCGACGAGGAGGAGAAAAGUAUUAUCCUUUCCGGCAAACGGAAGCCGGUCGAUCCGUCGGCAACGCCACUUCCUCCCUCGAUUGGGGAGGAAGAUCUGCCGGAGGGCGGUGCCGGUCUACCGGAGGAGGACGAAGACGACGAGGCACUGUCGGAGGAGGAUCGCCAAAAGCUGGAAGCGACCCGCAAGUUGCGCGAAACGCUCGAACGCGUCAAGGGCGGUACGGCCACGGGCGAGCCAAAGCUAAGGCAGCGCAUCAAGAUGCUGAAGCUGCAGGAAAUCACGAAACCGCUGCCGAAAGCGACCAAGGAAACGUUCCUGCUCGAUGCGGUCGUGCGGAUACUCAAAGCGGAACGGCAGGCCCUGGUCGGUGGGGUGAGCAUGCAGCGGAAUCGUAUCAUCACCGCGUUCGGUGCGUCCUUCAUCAACCCGGUGCGGGACGUGAUCAUGGAGCACAUACUGGAGGAUCUGCCGAAGCGCAUCGAGCUGGCGUUUUCCUGGAUCUUCGAAGAGUACGGGCUGAUGCAGGGGUUCACGCGCUACACGCACGUCAAGCACGACAAUGGGCCGCAGUAUCCGUACACGCAGCUGCUGGUGCGCCUCGUCACGAACGUGAUCGAGCGGCCGAAGGAUACGUUCCGCCAGAAGGAAUCUCUGCUCAAGCGGCUCUACCUGGAGGCGCCGAUGCUGCCCCAGGAGCUGAUCGAUAUGCUCGUGCGGAUGUGCGAGCUGGAGGAGCUGGUCGAUUGUGGCAUGCAGAUCGUGAAGGAUUUGCUGAUCCGGCGGCCACCGAGGGAGAAGCAGUAUUUGGACAUUCUGCUCAAGUACGCGUACUACGAGAAUGGGACGAUCCGGGAGAAAGCGAUCGAGUACGUGAUGAGCGUGUUUGCCGUGCAUCGCAUCAUGACGGAGGACAUCGAGAAGAAGGCCCUCGUCUGGUUGGCCCAUCUGGAGAACGAGCUGCCGUCGGAGGCGAUGUUUGCGGCGGAGUACGGCCGGGCGGAACAUCCGCGCACGUGGACGGAGGAGCUGGCUAAGGUUUGCCUGGGCCUAUUUCUGGAGGUGAUGGUGUACGAUCAGACGCUGCUCAUGCGCUUCUCGGAGGUGUACAUUAAGGCGACGUCGGAGAUGAAGCGCGCCGUGAUACGGGCGAUCGAGGGCCCGAUCCGGAAGAUUGGCUCGGAAAGCGAGGAGCUGCUGCGGCUGAUCGAACAGUGCCCGAAGGGCUCGGAAACGAUCAUCAUACGCAUCAUCUACAUCCUCACGGAGAAAUCCCUUCCUUCGCCGGAUCUUGUGGAGCGUGUGCGCACCCUGCACCAAACGAAGGUAUCCGACGUGCGAUUGCUCAUCCCCGUCAUCAAUGGGCUGACGAAGAAGGAGAUCCUAUCGGCACUGCCCAAACUGAUCAAACUGAACCCGGGCGUCGUCAAGGAGGUGUUCAAUCGGCUCCUGGGCAUCGGCGUCGAGUACGGGCCGGCCGAGCUGCCGCUCACCUCGGUCGAGCUGCUCGUCGCCCUGCACACGAUCGAGACGAGCAAGGUGGAGCUGAAGUUUAUCGUGAAAGCAACCUCCCUGUGCCUGGCCGAGAAGGAAGUGUACACGCACGAUGUGCUGGGCAGCGUGCUGCAGCAGCUGGUCGAGAUUACGCCGCUACCAACGCUACUGAUGCGCACGGUGAUCCAGUCGCUAACGCUUCACCCGCGGCUGGCCGGCUUCGUGACGAACCUGCUGCAGCGGCUCAUCCUCAAGCAGGUGUGGAAGCAGAAGGUGGUGUGGGAUGGCUUCAUCAAGUGCGCCCAGCGCCUGACGCCCCAAAGCCUCGGUGUGUUGAUACAGCUGCCGGCGCAGCAGCUGCAGGACGCGAUCACCAUCUGUCCCGAGUUCCGCGAGCCGAUGCUGGAGCAUGCGCGCGAAAUCAUGGAGCACCAGAUUGGGCACGUGUCGCAGCAGGUGAUGGACGUGCUGCUCGGCAUCUCGCCCUACUCGACGACGGAAUCGGCCGACCUACAGAUUGUUGGUAACUACAGCGAAGAGGCGCCAAUGUCCUCCCACAUGCCGGUGAAAAUUAAGCAGGAAAAGGAUGUGGAACCACCUGCCGCUCCAACACCGCCGCAAAGCAAGGAGUAGCCCAAUUCCUUAGUAUGUCUGUUUCCUUAGUAUGUUCCCCCCAUCGAAACCCGAUGAAACGAUUAUUGUUAAAGACAUGAAGAAAAAUAGAAAUGAAACCACAACGUUGGCAAAACUUCACAGAAAAAUAAAUGUAUAUUUUACAUUAAAA